AAAAACAGAUUUGGGGAGACUAACUGGAUAAAAUUUAAUAUCAGAAAACCUCUCUUUUCAAAAGCGUUUAGUCAUUUCUUCAGCUUCUGUAAUAGUUUGCUUUCCAUUCACCUGCCUGAAGUAAUUAUACACAAACAUUUCAAAUCCAUACAUAAAUAAAUUGUAAGCAAGGAAAAUAUUACAACAAUUGUGGAACUAAACCCCGUAUGUCAGACUUUUAAAACAUUAGUUCCAUUUCACACAGUACUCCUGUGACUGGGAAAUGAAACUCAAAGCAGUGAAGUUUAUGUACAAAUGCGGUAAGAUGGCUGGACAACAGUCCUACACACCUGAAGUGGUAUUGUGCUUCUUGGCAUUAGCUUCGUAUUUAAUUAGAAAUGCCAAGUGGUCUCAUUAUUUUAAGUAGUUAAUAUUCUUCUUAUUUGGUAUGCAUUCAUAAUAUAAAUGUACAUUAACAGUUUUUAAACAUUUCAAGAAAACAAAAUUAUGGUCAAAAUUUUAUUAUCUUGUAUGGACUUAAUUCCUUCCUUAGAAUUCCCAGGACACUUUAGACUGCAGCUCUGUAACCCAAGGAAAAUGUAUGUGCAGCUACCCAAUGAAUCUGGACCGUUGGAACAGUCACUUUUGUUAACUCAGUUUCUUAAGUUGAAGCUUGAUUCUGUUUUGCAGUGGCUAUGUGCAUGACUCUUAAGAGAAUGAAUUCACUUCACAUGGACAACCCCCUGCAAAAGCAUUUUAGUCUAGGAAUAAAAUAUUUAAUCCUUAAAUUUGAUGAAUAUAGCAGUGAAGAAAAGAGAUCAUAUUUCCAAACAGAGCUAAACCACAUGUAAAAAACAAGGACAAUGUGCCAGACUGUCUUAUGAUCAAGUAUUUAUAGUAAAGCUAUUAAUGGAAUGGACUUUCAGGGGCGUGGAGAUCCUAAAUAUAAAUGAAAAUUCUCAUGUGCUAAUAUUUAACAGUGAAAACUUCAGUGCUGUCCUAAAGGUGAUAACAAAAGUAAAUCUGUGCACAUUUCACAUGGAUAAUUACACCAGUGAUGAAGACAUAGACUAUGACUUUGAUACCCAGCUCAUCAUUCAGCAGAGUUUGCAGGAUAUUCACAAGCCAGGAACUACACAGCAGGCACCUGAGGAUGAGAGGUGCGAUUAUCCCUAUUUAGAGAUGAGGAGACUGAGGCACAGAGAAGUGACUUACCCAACGUCACAGAGCUACUUCCAUUCCUUUUUGAGCACUGACUGUAAGAAGAUAGUUGAAACAAUAGAGACAGGUGAGGAAGAUGCAUUGUCACACUUGACAAAGUACCAAUCUGCUUUUGAAGAAGCAGAUGGGAUAGGCUGGCUUCCUCUGCAUAAGGCUGCAGUGCAAUUAAAUAAGAACAUUUUGGAAAUAACCCUGAAAGCUUCAAAACCCAGUGUGUGGGAACAAACCACCCACAACGGUGAAACGCCACUUUUUUUGGCUGUCAGCAAUUGCCUCUUAGAAAAUGCCAGUUUUCUUCUUCUCAAUGGCUGCAAUCCAAAUGCCAAGAAUUUUGAAGGCAAUUCUCCUCUUCUUACAGCUGUUCUGCAGGACUCCUACGACAUGGCCGCCUUGCUCAUCAGUCAUGGGGCAGAUGUCAACCUGCGGUGUGCCAACGAGAGGACAGCUCUCCAUGAAGCAGCCAAACUGGGCAGACAGAACAUGGUGAAGCUAAUGCUGGCCUCUGGGGCUCACCCUGAUCCACAGAGCUCCUACGGAUUCACUCCUCUUGCUCUCGCUGCCCAAAGUGGGCACACUGAAAUCAUGAAAAUACUACUACGGAAAGGAGCUAAUGCUCUUGGUCAGGCCUCUGAUUCUUCUUCCAUCUUACUUGAAGCCGCUAGUGGAGGAAAUCCGGACUCCAUUGCUCUCCUGCUAGAGUAUGGAGCUGAUGCCAACAUUCCUAAGAAUUCAGGCCACCUGCCCAUUCAUGUGGCAGCUGACAGAGGCCACUUGCUAGCUCUAAAGAUUUUGGUUCCAGUUACGGAUUUUGUGGCCAUUAAGCAGAGUGGCAUUAGUCCAGUUCACUGUGCAGCAGCAGGAGCACACCCUGAAUGCCUGGAACUGCUCAUCCAGGCUGGAUUUGAUGUCAAUUUCAUGCUAGAUCAGAGAGUUCGCAAACACUAUGAUGACCAGAGGAAGUCAGCUUUGUAUUUUGCUGUAUCAAAUGGUGACCUCCCUUCAGUUAAGCUGCUUCUGAGUGCUGGAGCUCUGCCUAAUCAAGACCCAGUUAACUGCCUCCAGAUAGCCCUAAGGAUGGGCAAUUAUGAGCUGAUCAGUCUGUUGCUACGGCACGGGGCCAACGUAAAUUACUUCUGCAGAGUCAACCCUUUACACUUCCCAUCAGCACUGCAAUACACACUGAAAGAUGAAGUCAUGCUCAGGAUGCUAUUGAAUUAUGGAUAUGACACAGAGCGAUGCUUUGAUUGUCCUCAUGGAGACAAAGUUCAUCUUUUCUAUACUUUUGAAGGCUGGACAUCUACAGUUAUCAAAGAUACUAUGUUCUGUGAAGUAAUAACUUUGUCGUGGCUGCAACAUCUCUCUGGAAAGGUUGUUCGAGUAAUGCUUGAUUAUGUUGAUCAAGUUCAAAUCUGUUCCAAGUUGAAAGCUGUGCUCCAAAAACAGGCACUGUGGUCAGAAAUCCAUAAUAUCUUAAAUAUAUGUGAGAGCCUCUCAAAAGACCUGCUUUGACAGAGACAACCUUCACUGGAAUAUGGAAACAUGAAAGUUCUGGUGUGUUUGCUAAACGGCAAGUUACUCUACAUGUCAGUAAAACUAUAAUGUGAACAUCCUAUCAGAAGACAGAUGCCAUCCUUUUCUGCUAGGCUAUGAAUCAUGUGGCUAUGAUACAGCUGAGCAAGUUGAAACAGACUUCACUUGGAAAUUCACAUCUGAAAAUCACAGUGCUGAAUUAAGGAAACUCUUCACAAAGAUCACAUCUGAGAAGAUCCAGCCAUUAGGAC